AUGGCUGAUCCUACCUCGACCGCCGAUCCCGUGCCACUAGAAGUUGACGAGGCUGACACUGAUACUGCCAGCGAUACUGACUCUUUCGCGUCAACUGAAGGGAGCUCCACUUCUUCAAUCAGUUCAAGCAUUCUUAAAUAUCGUCAAGAGAAUGGUCGCACGUAUCAUGCCUACAAAGACGGACAGUAUGUGAUUCCCAAUGACGAGCAGGAGCAGGAUAGGCUUGACCUACAACACCAUCUGUUUCUUCUCACCUUCGAUGACAAACUUUAUUUGUCGCCUGCCGGCCGUGACGGUCAUAAAUUACACAAUGUUCUAGAUGUUGGAACAGGCACUGGUAUUUGGGCCAUGGACUUCGCCGAUGAGCAUCCCAGCGCUUCGGUCAUCGGAAUUGAUCUCAGCCCCAUCCAAAGUCCCUUCGUCCCUCCGAACUUGAGCUUUCAGGUCGACGAUAUUGAGGAACCAUGGACUUUUCACGUCAAGUUCGAUUUCAUCUACAGUCGCAUGAUGACUGCAUCUAUCGCGGACUGGCCUGGAUUCUUCGCCAAAGCUUAUGAGAAUCUCAACCCCGGUGGCUGGCUCGAACUGGCCGACAUUUACCCCAUCACCAGCGAUGAUGGAACACUCACUAAAGACUCAGCAACUUAUGAAUGGGUCACCAAGCUGUUAGAUGGCACAAAGAUGAUUGGAAGGCCGUUCAAUGGGGCGGAUAAGUAUAAGGAGCAACUUGAAGCACAGGGCUUUCAGAAUGUCCAACAGGUCGUAUUCAAAUGGCCUCAGAAUACUUGGCCGAAAGACACGAAGCAUAAGGAGCUCGGUGCCUGGAAUCUCGAAAACACCAGCUCCGGCCUUGAAGGUCUCAGCUCAGCUGUCUAUACACGCGUCCUCGGCUGGACUAAAGAAGAGCUUGAUGUAUUGCUCGCCAAGGUUCGCCGCGAACUGAAAGACAGAAGCACUCAUGCUUACUGGCCUAUAUAUGUUGUAUACGGACAAAAGCUGGAGAAAUGA